AUGUCAGAUGAUGCUCAGAUUGAUACUGAAAAAGAAACUAUUGAAGAUGAUGUUAUUAUGAAACAGGAAAUAUCAACGGAUAGCACCGAAUCUGCAACUUCACCAGGGGAUAAAGAAGCUUAUUCUUGCUCCAGAUGUAGGAAAUUAAAAAGGAAGUGCCAAAAACAAAGGCCUUCCUGUGCAAACUGUAUGAAUGCAGGCGCUACUUGUAAUUACCCAGGUCGUGCUCCAAGAAGAUCAAAAAAAGAAUUAGAAGCAGCAAGACUACGUGGUGAGUUUGAACCUGCAAAAAAGAGAUUAAAAAAAUCUUUGUCUGUAGAUGAAUCAAAAACCCAAGACGAUAAAAAAGAAGACAAGAAAAGUUCAGAUUCAUUUACACCAACAUCAAUGCCAGAUUCAUUUAACGAGUCACAAACUAAAAUGUCAAGCAACAGUUCAAAUGCUAUUGAAGGAGUUUCAUCAUUAAUAUCUGCAUUAAACGGUUCAUUAGAACCAACUAGUAAUAUUACGAAUAAAAACAAUACCACAGGGAUACCUCCGUUAUCAAGCGUUACUACAAACUCGACCUCCAAUUCAGAUCAAUCAUUAUAUUCUUUCCCUCCUCUAACUAGUAAUGAUAUUAUGAAAUUAAACACUACUUUACCGAUUCAGCCACCUGCUUUAAAUAAUAUCCCAUUGAUUCAGCUUCCUCAGAAUGGUACAACAUCAUCGGCACAGACAAAUCAUAUUCAACCACCAUUAGAAGUAGCUCAUGUAAAGCCAUCAGAAAGUGAUCAAGAAUUAAAAUUAUUGGAUGCAUCGAUACCAAUCAUUGAUUCUUCCAUUCAAUUUGAAACUGUAAGUUCUAUAUUUAAAGGUGGUGUAAAUACUCCUUGGGCAAAGGACUUAGCAACUAACUGUUAUAAAGCAAUUGAUAGAUCAUUAUACGAUAGAUUUAUUGCAGCAUAUUUUAACCACAAUCAUAGAACUUUCCCAAUGAUAGAUAAAAUUGGUUUUCUGAAUAAAGUGUCUACUAUUAUGGAUUUUACUCAAUUAGAUAAGAAUUAUGACGAUGUUUUUAUCUUUAAAGUAAAUAUGAUCAUGGCAAUAGGCUGUACUACGCUUCAUAGGGCGGGUAUGCUGUUUAAAGAUCAAGAGGAGUUGAGUGAACAUUUUGCCUAUAUUGCUAUGAAAAAAUUUAACCCAGUUAUUAUGUUGCAAAAUAUGGAAACGGUAAAAUGUUUAUUAUUGCUCGGUAUUUAUUCAUUUUUUGAACCAAAGGGGGCAUCAUCGUGGACAAUUAGCGGCCUAAUAAUGAGAUUGGCAAUUGCCUUAGGUUUGAAUAGAGCUCUUCCCCAAAAGAAAUUGAGAACCAUGACAGCAACUGAAGUUGAAUUACGUAAUCGUAUUUUCUGGAGUGCAUACUGCUUUGAGAGGUUGGUAGCUACCUCAUUAGGAAGAAUUUCCGCUAUUGAUGAUGAUGAUAUUAACGUUCCACUCCCUAGAGCUUUAUAUAAAGAGGAAGAAAGUGAUUUAGAAGUUACUCUAAUGACUAUUACUCUACGUAGAUUAGGGGGAAGGAUUUAUAAAAAGGUGCAUUCUGUCAGUGUAAACAAGAAAAAAUUGUCUCCAGAAGAAAAACAGAAUAUCAUAAAAGCGUUGAGAGUUGAGAUUGAUAAUGUUUAUACUACAGAAAGGGCAAAAAUUCAGAAACAAAAGACCGAAAAUUAUUCAAUGGCUCAUUUUAAUAGUGAUUUUGUUGGUGAUAAUCCAGAUAUGAUUUCAUUUCAUAGUUCAGAUAUUUGGCUUGCGAUGAGGUACAGUCAAUUUCAAAUUAUGUUGUAUAGACCAUCAGCUCUAAUACCUAAGCCUCCUUUAGAAUCGUUGACAAUUUUAGGAGAAUUUUGUUUGAAAGCUCUAAAGUUCACUUAUACUUUGUAUAAAAAGAAAAUGUUGCCAUUAAAUUGGAUUACACUUUUUAGAGCGCUUACAAUUUGCAAUACCAUGUUAUACUGUUUAUGUCAAUGGAGUAUAGACCUAAUUGAAAGUAAAAAAGAGAUUCAACAGUGUGUUGAAAUUUUGCAACAUUUUGGUGAGAAGUGGGUGUUUGCUACAAAAUGUGCCGAAGUUUUUCAAAAUAUUAGCGCUACCAUUUUAGAUAUUAGUUUAAGCAAUGGGCAAGUACCAAACAUGGAUAAAUUAACUAGGGAACUGUUUGGCGCUAGUGAUGAGUAUAAGGAGAUUCUAGAUGAAAAUAAUGUUGAUGUGAUGUGGAUUGAUAGAUUUGGUUAA